CAAUUAACAGUAAAAUGAUUACUCACGGCGAGUGCAUUAACAGGUAGGAGGUUUACCUGAACCGCUGACUUUUGUGUAGCAGCAGGUAUAUAAAGAUAACGUACUACUGUAAACAGUUAUACAGAAACCGGAAUAGUAACGAAAUAAACGUGGUCUUGCAGCCGUCAACAUGCCUACCGAAAGAACUGUCCGCUUGGAAUGUGGCAUGGCAGUAAACGUUGUGUGUGUACUGGGGACCCGUCUGACUGUAGACCUGUACAGUUGUGCACCCUUAAAAGCUUAUGAAUACAGCAUAAAGAGCAGUUCUGGAGUUAAUACUGAGAUCCUGGGUAAAAAUGAAAAGCUUCGUAAUACUCUGUCACUUGGAGAAAUAUUGGCAAUUUCUGGAAAAGCACCUAGUCAGGAAGUUGAUGACCAGAAGGUAUCUGUCUGGUAUUAUGAAAAAGGCUCUGACAGUCCUAAAGAAAAGGCUAGUUUUCUGCUUACAUUUGUGGAGAUAUCCUUGGACGUUGAUGCAGAUCGUGAUGGUGUUGUUGAAAAGAAUAAUCCUAACAAGUCAUCCUGGAAAUGGGGACCUAAAGGUCAUGGUGCUAUUCUUUUAGUGAACUGUGACAAAGAAGUAUCGUUUAGUGGAUUUCCAGAUAACAUAGAUAAUCAAAUCUCCCAUGAUUCAGAUAUAGAGGACAUGUCUCGGAUAAUACUGAGGACCCAAGGGCCACUUACUCUCCCAGAAAGAUACAAAAUGGUGCUUUAUGUUUCACAGUCAGAGUCUGAUAAAGUGGGAGUGUUUUGUCGAUGUGAUGGUAUUUUCAGCAAAUACCAACAUAUCUUGGGAAGAAAGAAGUUGUUUCAUGUAUUGAAGUUCAAGGGCAAAAUGGAGACUGAAUUUUUCGUGGAGGGAUUGUGUUUCCCAGAUAAAGACUUUGACGGACUAAUCUCAAUUAAUGUGUCCUUUACCGAACUACCAGACAAGGGAGUUCCUGAGAUCCCUCUUUUUACUGAUAAAGUGGUGUUUCGGAUGUCCCCUUGGAUUAUGACACCAAAUACACUGGAACCUGUUGAGGCCUACGUAUGCUGCGUUGAAAAUAAUGAUAAAUUCCGAAAAGGUGUCAAGAAUUUGACAAAUGAAGCUGAGUGCAAGCUGACAGUGUGCUAUCAGUAUAUGAACCGAGGGGAUCGUUGGAUGCAGGAUGAAAUGGAAUUUGGAUAUAUUGAAGCUCCUCACAAAGGAUUUCCAGUGGUUUUUGACUCGCCACGAAACAGGGAACUUAAAGAUUUUCCAUACAAAAAGAUACUGGGUCCAGAUUUUGGCCAUGUGGCUCACAAUACUAAAGAAGUGAAUAGUUUAGACUCUUUUGGAAACCUGGAAGUCAGUCCACCAGUGACUGUAAAUGGAAAACAUUACCCUCUGGGAAGGAUCCUGAUCGGCAGCUGCUUUCCCACGUCAUCAGGAAGGAGAAUGGCAAACGUUGUCAGAGACUUUCUUUAUGCCCAGCAAGUUCAGCCCCCCAUAGAACUCUACUCAGACUGGUUGGUAGUAGGUCAUGUAGAUGAGUUUAUGACAUUUGUGCCAGCAAAGGAUCAAAAGGGUUUCCGCUUACUCUUGACCAGCCCAGCUGCUUGUUACAAGCUGUUCAGAGAGAAAAUGGAACAAGGCCAUGGAGAUGCUGUCAUGUUUGAAGGUCUGAAAACAAAAAAGAAGAAGAAAACAAUAACUGAGAUUUUGUCUGAUAAAUUCCUGGAGAAUUUCAAUGCCUAUGUACAGCAAUGCAUUGACUGGAACAGAGAUUUGCUCAAACAAGAGCUUGGACUCAGUGAAGAUGACAUCAUUGAUAUUCCAGUAAUCUUUAAACUAGAAUGCAAGAAAGCACCAUACCAAGCAGCUGCUUACUUCCCUGAUAUGGUGAAUAUGAUAGUGCUGUGUAAUCGAGUUGGAAUCCCCAAGCCAUUUGGGCCCAUCAUUAACGGCAAAUGCUGCUUGGAAGAGAAGGUGACAUCACUGCUAGAGCCUCUCGGACUAGAGUGUGCUUUCAUUGAUGAUUUUGAAUCUUACCACGAGAAUUUGGGAGAAGUCCACUGUGGAACCAAUGUUCGUAGAAAACCAUUUGAGUUCAAAUGGUGGAAUAUGGAGCUGUAAUUAAAAGGCAGAGAGAUGCUAUUUCUUUUCUAGUAAUCUACCAGCAGUUCUGCACAGCUGACCUUCACAUUGUUUAGUUAAUUGUUUCACAGAUGAUGGAAAGUGAACUUUUCUACCUCCAAUCGACCACAUGCACAGGAAAAUUAAAUGCAGGCAGACAUAGCAAGUCCAGUUUAUAUUAGAUGACUCACUGUUCUCAGUGGAACUGUGUGCCUAACUUUCUUAUAUUACAGAGAGAAAAGUAAUUGCAUGAUAUUUGAGUAAAGAAUUAUUCAGUCUGUCUUUUUUACAGCACAGAUUUAUCAGAUCAGCUUACCACUCUGUAUUCCUUAAAAGUACCUUACAUUAAGAGGUAACUGAGUACCUCAUACAGAGCUGUGAUCAUGUGCAUUUAAAUUCUUGCUUUUUGGCUUAUCAUAUAUAUUGUGAAUAUGAAUAGUAUGCAAGUGUUUGUGAAAAUUCACCUUGAUUUAUUCCUUCUCACUUUUGUAACUAAUGCUUGUCAAAUGUUAAUGAACAUUAAGAAAACAGCGGAGAUUAUAGAACAGUGCGGUAUAUAACUGAAGUGACACAGUGAAAAGAUCAUUUUAAAUAAAUCACUGAUUUUUAACAAAAUAAUAAUUUGCAACUGAAUCUGAAUAAAAGCUAAAUCUAUAGAGCUAACAUCAAUGAA